AUGCAGUUGACUAUACUGUCUGACAAGCUACCAACUCUGUCCGAAACCCAGUUCGCCCACGAGUUCCGUACCGUGCACGCCCAGCAGACGCGCGCUAUUGCUAUCAACCUUGGAAUCAUCCUCAAGUAUGUUCAAGGUCUAGCACUGCCCACCGUGGGACGUCCAAAGCUCAUCAAUCUACCAUUGGAAGAGCUUCAAUAUCGCUCUUUUGCGCAGCUGACCUGGCCAUCGCUUGAAGUCUUGCAGGGGUCUUUCUCCACUGAAGACUAUCGACAAAGCGCAGCAAAGCACCAGUUUGCGCGUCCCUUCCAACUUUUCUUGACUGAGCGAGAUGAGUCAUCGAUUUCUGCGAGCUUAAAUACUUCCUCGACCACCUUAACUGAAAUAGAGAAAACUGCAACACGCCUCGUGGUAACAGUUAUACCUAAAACUCUGUCAGAUAACGAAAACACAAAAUUCGAAGAGCAAUGGAGUCGCCAUGCACAGUGGGUAUGUUCUCUUGGAGCAUCGUACACGAGAUAUCGUGUCAUUCCCCUUGAUGAAACUCGAAGCCGAAAGAUAUUCGACGGAACCCCUUUUGAUCCUCGCCUCGUUGUCACUGCCGGGGGUUACGAUGAAUUCAUGUUCCAAAGCCAAGAGAAUGCUGCACAAUUUCUGGCGGAGCAUGGUCCGCAAUUGCGAUCAUCUUAUCUCGAAUUCGUAGACAUAGACCACUCUCAUGCUUAUGCUUUUGACCAUGUUGUACAAUUUGGGACUGAGGAUCGUGGGACAUGGCAGACUAUCUUUGGUCUACUAGUUGGAUCAGCUCUGCGCGUUAAGGUAUUUUUCGGUAUAUAG